AUGGACCAGUUUAAAGGAAAGGAACUGGAUUUGGGAGUUUUUGGUGUGUGGAGGGAGAGUGUGCCUGACAGACUGUGGAUCAAAGCAUCUGGUCUGAAGCUGCGGUUCUGCACUAAUGAAACACAAGCGACCAGGGAGAAGUUUGUGAAGAAGCUCCAGGGCAUGGGCUUUGACAUCUCUGUGACUGAAGUCACUGCCCCAGCACCAGCAGCCUGCCGUAUUUUGAAGGAGCGCAGCCUGAGGCCGCACUUGCUUGUGCACAACGCCCUUGUCCCUGAAUUUGCUGAGAUUGAUAAAGCAAACCCAAACUGCGUGGUUAUCGGAGAUGCAGCAGAAAACUUCACCUAUGCAAACCUUAAUGAAGCUUUCCGAGUUCUAAUUGGGAUGGAAAAGCCUGUUUUGAUCUCACUUGGAAGAGGACGCUACUAUAAAGAAACCGAUGGUCUGAAACUUGAUGUUGGAGCAUAUAUGAAGGCAUUAGAGUAUGCUUGUGAUGUUCAAGCUGAGGUAGUGGGAAAACCAGCAAAAAUGUUUUUUGAGUCAGCCUUAGCAGAAAUGGGAGUUCCACCGCAACAGGCCAUCAUGAUUGGAGAUGAUAUUGUGAAUGAUGUAGGAGGUGCCCAGCGGUGCGGUAUGAGAGCUCUGCAAGUGCGGACAGGGAAGUACAGGCCUUGCGAUGAAAACCACCCCCACGUGAAGCCUGAUGCGUACGUGAACAACCUCGCCGAGGCAGUUGACGUUAUCCUCCAGCAGCUGUAA